CUGAAAAGUGGAGUUUGCACUAAACAAACUGCUUUAGUCAAAAGAAGCAAAUGGCUGGUAGAAAGUUUGUGCUUUUUGAUUUAGGUGGAGUUUUGCUUACACCCCGACCUCACCUUACCUUUCAGAAGUAUGAAGAAUCUAUCAACCUACCCAGAGGUUUCAUACAGAAUGUGAUUCUAAAGGAUCCAAAUAGUUCUUUUUUCCAAGCAGAAAGAGGGCAUUUGAGACUAUCUGAGCUUAUUCCAAAAUUUGAGUCGGAAUGCCAAGAAUUUGCAUCUACCUCUGGGAUUUCCCUUCCACCACAGUUUUCAGUACAUAAUAUCUUUGAAGCAAUGUUCUCAGCAUACAAGCUAAACAAGUCAAUGCUUCAGGCUGCUAUCACCCUCAAAAACAACGGUUUCAAGACGUGUGUCUUAACAAAUAAUAUUCUUGAUGACACUGACAUGAGAGCAACCACAGGGCAGGUGUUGUGCAUGAUCUCAAGGCACUUUGAUGUACUUAUUGAGUCAUGCCGAGUUGGUUUGAGGAAACCUGAUCUGGAGAUAUACAACCUGGUACUGAAGGCUCUGCAGAUGGAACCACAGCAGGGUAUAUUUCUUGAUGAUAUUGGUGCUAAUCUAAAGCCUGCCAAGAAACUUGGAAUGGCAACCAUUUUAGUUCGAGAAACUGAAGAUGCUUUGAAGGAACUGCAGACCAUUUCAGGGGUACAGCUUCUGAAUUCUGAGACUUCACUGCCAGCUAUGUGUCAUCCAGAAAGUGUCUCUCAUGCCUACGUAUCCAUUAAGCCAGGAGUUCGUAUACACUAUGUAGACAUGGGAGAUGGUCCUGCAGUUUGUCUGUUCCAUGGCUUUCCUGAGAGCUGGUUCUCUUGGAGGUAUCAGAUCCCUGCACUGGUAGAUGCUGGAUUUCGAGUUCUUGCCCUGGAUAUGAAAGGCUACGGGGAAUCUACUGCUCCAUCCGAUAUAGAAGAGUACUCGCAGGAAGAAAUCUGUAAGGACCUGGUUGUCUUUCUAAACAGACUGGGAAUUUCACAAGCCACCCUUAUUGGUCAUGACUGGGGUGGCUCUGUUGUGUGGAAUAUGUCCCUUUUUUACCCAGAAAGAGUCAGGGCUGUAGCUGGAGUAAACACACCAUUCUUCCAUGUGAACCCACUUAUCAAUCCAUUCAGCAGUCUUGAGAAAGUACCUGUUUUUGACUAUCAGUUCUACUUCCAGGAACCAGGAGUUGCUGAGGCAGAGUUGGAGGCAAACUUAGAAAGGACAUUCAGAGUUCUAAUAAGAGGGAGCAGCAAACAGGACAUGCUAAAACCUCCUCUCAGUACUGCCAAUGUUCGCCAAAGAGGAGGUUUGCUAGUUGGAAGCCCAGAAAACCCUCCUCCAAGUCAUAUUCUUCCAGAAGCAGAGUUACAAUACUAUAUUCAGCAAUUCAAGAAAACUGGCUUCAGGGGUCCAUUGAACUGGUACCGGAACAUAGAGAAAAAUUGGUGCUGGGGUUGUUCUGCUGCAGAAAGAAAGGUUCUUGUCCCAGCCUUAAUGGUUACAGCAGGAAAAGACUCAGUGUUGACACCAAGUUUGUCAGCUGGAAUGGAGAAGCGGGUUUUGAACCUGACAAGGGGACACAUUGAAGAGUGUGGGCACUGGACUCAGAUAGAAAGGCCAGCAGAGCUGAAUGAAAUCCUAAUCAAGUGGUUGAAGGAAGUUCACCAGAAGUCUUCCAUCCAGAUUAACUCCAACUUGUAAUGACUUGCUAUGUUAUAUUCUAGAUCUUCUAGAUUAAUUACUGAAGGAAAGAAAAGUCUCUGGAUGGAGCAAUGUGACGGUUAAUUCCUUAUGGAUGUUCACUGCUUACCAAUCUUAAUUCUAGACGUGAAUACUUUGUAUGAUAUCUACCUAUGUAUUGUUAGCAAUGUUGAUUUAAAGAUAAUUAAAACUCACUUUCAUAGUAACUGCCGUAUCUAUAUAUUCUACUGUGUAAGCCCCUCUUUACAGAUAUGCUUUUAUUUGGUUUAUUCUGCUAAGUAAAGCUUCUUGUUUGAUGCUUCUGCAACAUUAAGAUGCAGCGAUGAUUGAUUUAAGUUGGUAUCUAAUUCUUUUCUUAUGGUUUGAAUACAUUAUAAUAAUCUUGCAUGUACUUAAAAUAAUACUACUACUACUGGUACCAUUUUUCAUGUAUAAUAUAAAAUGGCAGUUAUAAAGCUUUGACUGGCUGUAUUCACAGCAAAAUGCCGACUGUCAGAUAUUUAAUAAUUUUCAAUAAAUCAGCAACUUUUCACUCUGAGCUUCA